GACAAUCGGAAGUUGAAACUUCAGUACAUCAAACAUGGCGCACAAAUAUGAAUCGAGAAAUUGGAAUUUAUCGAGAUUGUUGAAAACGGUAGAAUAGAGCCUCACAAAUCUUAAGUUGCAGGUUGUAAAUUUAUAUAUUGACUAAGAAACAGAAUAUCAUUUUAUUUAUGUAAAGAGACACAUUUUCUUGUUUUUUAAUACUCAAAAUACUAGUCAAUUUUAAAACUUUUAAUAGUUGUUUUUGAACAUUUACAAUACUAGACUUUUUAUGAACAGGUAGACUUAUAAAAUUAAUUUAGUUCAUCAUGUUUAAGAAAGACAGUCUUGAUAAAAUAAAUUGAUGGUUCUAUGAUCAAGCUUCAUUGAUGGCCAGUUAUUUGAAUGGUGAUGACACCCAUUGGCAAGAUACUCUUCUCUUUACUAUCAUGCUUGGGAACAUCUGAAAAUAGACCUCUAUUCAGGGGUUAUAAAUAGUCAUUCAUACAUAUUGAAUUUAAAGAAAAAGUGUAUUUCAAAUUUAUUUCACUUCUAUGGGUGGUUCAGCACUAUCUAAAAUUGCUUCUGUGAGUGGUCCCUCAUUAUAUUUUUAUGCUUCUAUGGGUGGUUACCCAAAUUUUAAAGUGCCUUCCUCGGGUACCUCAUAUGUUUUAAUGGAACAGCUCAAUCGGGAUUUGGCGCAGACCAUCUCACUUUGGUGUGAUCAUCGCACUUUGGCGUGACCAUCACACUUUGGAGUCUUACAAUAUAUAUAAUAUAUAUAUAUUUAUAAACUCUAAACACUUUCUAGAAAUAUUUUGACCAUGUUACCGGUCUUCUUCAGCUGUGUUUAUCUGUCAUAGCAACGUAGAGCAAGACUACAUACACGAAAGUACUAUGACAUCACAGUAAGUAUUAUAAAAUUGAAAAGUAACGUCAAAGUUGAUGUUGCGCGAAAAACAUUUGAAAAAGGCAAGAGUUUAAAAUAAAAUGAACAAUACUCGCCCGUCUUUGUAGACACAUCCUAAAAUAUAUGUCUGCGUACAAUAUUUUAUUUGAAAACAUGGCCCCCGGAAGUAAGCUCAGCCAGGCCCACAAUAGGGAUAAAAGUUUUACAUGCGAAUAUAUAGGAAAAAUCUUUAAAUAUGAGCCAAGGUGACUCAGGCAUGGGUGUUUUCCUCUUUCUGCAACUUCGGAGAUACAGUGUAUUCACCAGCCUCCUUCGACAAGUUAGAAGAUUAUUACAAACAUCCGUGAAAUACAGAGAAAAUAAAACAGUGCAUUUAAUAAAGUCACCAAAGUCCUGGGAAGAAUUCUACCAAAAAAUUCAGGAACAAAAUGUCAUAGUCCUUGGAUUUGAUUGUGAAUGGGUGAACCAUGGAAAACACAUUUGUCCCGUGUCUCUGUUACAAAUAGCAACAUCAACGGGAGAUUGUGGUCUGGUGCGUUUGUCACAAAUGUCCCAGAUUCCAGACUCUCUCCACAGAGUAAUGGAGGAUCGAAGCAUUUUGAAAGUAGGUGUAGCAAGCAUUGACGAUGGAAAAAAACUCCUUAAGGACCAUGGAAUUGUAGUUCAAGGCUGUGUUGACUUACGUUAUGUACUGGGACGUACAAGGGGAAUUUACAAUGUAAAAAAUCCUGGCCUGAAGAGUAUAGCAGAAGAAGUGUUAGGCAUUCAGCUUGACAAACAAGAUAGCGUUCGCAGAAGUAACUGGGAAGCUGAAACAUACACAGAGGACCAGAUAGAAUAUGCAGCAAAAGAUGCUUUGGUAGGGGUAGAUAUAUUCACACAUCUUGUUAUGGCCAAAAUGGCUGGAAGAAAAGUUCAUAUUUCUGAAAAGGCACUUAUGAAAAAUGACUUGGACCCGAAAUUCUGGACUACUGCCAGAUCCAUGUGUCAGGGGAUAGUGGACUUGCCUUUCAAAGGUCAGAGUGCAAAGGCCACUAUUAAGAGAAGCUGCAGCAACGGGACAAGACCAGGAGCUAUUCAAAGGUUGUCACAUGCCCUGGAGGAACAGUUAACAAAGAAUGAAGAAGAAAGUGGAAAUGCCUCAGGAGACACAACAAAAUCUUUAAAGGAUGGCAGAGCAUAUGUCGUACGACAGCGCCCCCUGUACUAUAACUGCCUGCUGCUGGCUCCUGACGGAGAACAACUGUGUACAUGUGAUAUCAGGAAAGCUGAGUGGUACAUUGAGAAAGGACUGGCAGAGAAAGUUAGUGAUGACCCUUUGAGAGUAAGGUUGAACUUUGAACCUCAAGGUCGUCCUGACAGUCAAGAAGACUAUUACCUCCAACAGAAAGAUAACAUCUGCGUAGUCUGUGGCAGUGGGGAGCAUCUGAUCAGGAAGCAAGUUAUUCCAAAGGAGUACAGGAGGUUUUUCCCCACCUCACUGAAGGACCAUGCUUCUCAUGAUGUUCUCCUUCUGUGUGUGCCGUGUCAUCAGCAAAGCACACAGUUCGACACAGUUCUACGAUACCAGCUGGCUGAUGAGAGUGGGUGUCCCAUUGACAUGGGGUCAUCAGUCAAAGUUCAUGCUGACAAAGAUCUACAGAAAGUUCGAUCAGCUGCAAGGGCCUUGUUAUCCAAAAAAGAGAGGGAUAAGAUUCCCGAGGCGAGAAAGGCCGAGCUGGCGGUGAUUGUGAAGGACUUUUAUGGAGUGACUGACCUAUCAGAUGAACUCCUACAGGAUGCAGCAGACAUGGACUAUAGGACAAUCAAUGACGAGUAUUUCCCUCAUGGCAAGGGUGUUAUCCGGUAUGUCAGAAGACACGGGGGAAUAUAUAAUUUUGAAAGACGUUGGAGGCAACAUUUUGUGGACACUAUGAAGCCCAAGUAUCUGCCAACCAAUUGGUCGGUGGAUCACAAACAUGAGAGAAGCCAUCUAUAUUCUUGAUUGUACUUGAAAUGAUCCAUAUGCGAAUUGUCGAAAUUUGAUGGGUGCCAGAAUGAAGUUAAGAAUAAUGGCCCUAGGAGUCAUUAUGUAUGAUUGGUACAUACAGUUCUAUGUUGCAUGUACAUUGACCUUUAUCAUCCAAGUUUUAAAACAAAAUCCUGCCAUGUUUUAAUGGUAUUGUUACAUCGUGUAGCAAGAUUAAGCUCCUUUUACACAUAGACCCUGUGAAAGGUUUACUUGAAAAUCUUAACUACUGAGUUUUACAUUUUUUCCUAGAAUGAUUCAACUGUACCAAGAAGUGAAAACUAAUGUGUAUCUAUUCAUUCAAUAGCCACUUAUUCCUAAGUUAAAGCUAGUGGGGAAAAGUCCAGAAAACUAUAUUUGGUACAAAAAUUUUUUUUUUAAAGAAUCACUCAACUGUGACGAAACUGAAAGUUGAUCUGUAAACAUACAAUAGUAAACACAUACUAAAUUUCAGCUUCCUAAAUCAGAGCAUGGUGAAAAAGUCCAGAAAACAAAAGUUAAGAAGUCUAUUGCAUAUCUUCACCUUUCAGUUAAAAAUGCAGCAAAACAUCUUUUUAAAAUCAUUGAGGCGAGUGAUAGAAGAUGCCUAUUGAGGGAGUUUAUUUAAAAGAGAAGACAAUGAUACUGACAAAAGAUGAUUAUAUGAGAUUGUCUACAUGUCCUCAUCGAAACUCGUGUCAAUCGGUGUUUGAAAUAAAUGAUUUUUAAUACUCAGUAUCACUUUGUUUUCAUAGAUGACUGAAAUUAAUCAUUUUAAUAAAGUUACAUUAUUAUUA